CUGCUCUGUCAGCACCAGGAAGAGGUACAUGGGAGUUUAACUGGCCAUCGUUGUAUACAGAGGUAUUAUUUAAUAUAACUCAAGUCCAUUUGUACGAGCAGACAUCCUCCACAAACAGCAGCUAGUCUGGAUCAAACCUACCCUGAGCUGUUUGUGUCUCGUCUUCUAGCGGAGGUAUUAAUAGACAACCAGUGGUGCUGGCUGCACAAUGGGGAUCACUAAACUGGCAGAUGUGAUCCGUUCAGAUGCUCCUGGAGCCAUUUCUUAUAAGGAUAUCAGUGACUACACCGGAAAAGUAAUCGCCCUGGAUACCUCUAUUGUUGUGAACCAGUUCCGUUCAGUGACGCCUUUACUGAGCCCCCUGACAGGUCUCUUCUUCCGCACGCUCACCUUCCUGGAACAUGACAUAAAGCCAGUCUUUGUGUUUGACGGAAAGCCACCAGGCGAAAAGACAGCUGUUCUUAAGAAGCGAGCUGAGGCAGCUGGUUGGAGCUCCCCCAACCGCACAGGCGCAGCAUCAUCCCAGACCAAAGACUGCCUCCACCUCCUGAAGCUUCUGGGUGUACCUGUCAUCCAGGCUCCAGGGGACGCUGAGGCACUGUGUGCGCGGCUGGUGAGAGAGGGGACAGUGGAUGCUGUGGCUUCAGAGGACAUGGACACGUUGCCGUUUGGAGCCAAUAUUCUCAUUCGCCAGCUGAAUGCCAAGAAGGACAGUGAAGUUGUUGAAUAUUCUUUACCCAAGCUGUUGGAGAAACUCCAGAUCAGUCACGAGGAGUUUGUUGACCUAUGUAUUUUGUUGGGCUGUGACUACUGUGACAAGAUAGCCGGGUUGGGUCCUAAGAGAGCUCUGACACUGAUCCAGAAGCACCGUACUAUCGAGGAAGUGGUUUUGCAUGUCAACAGAAAGACCCAUCCUGUGCCACUUUCCUGGAAGUAUAAAGAAGCACGGAAGAUAUUCUUGGAUGCAUCACAAACUGUAGCUCCUGAACUCACCUGGACUGAGCCAGAUGAAGAAGCCUUGGUUGUGUUCCUCAGUCACAGCAAACAUGUUAAAGAGAACAGGGUCCGUCAUCGAAUGGAGAAGUUCCGUCAGAUACGGGAAUGUAAGCGGGAGGAGAGGGAAAAGGACAAGGCAGCGGGACGCAGCAGGCAGACUUGCAUGGAGGACUACUUUAGAGUUACCAGAAAGAGGAAUGAGCCCGUGGAAGCUGCAGACUCUUUAAGCAGCAACAGAAAGAGACCAAAGUCUAAAUAAGGCCGCCACCAUCUGCUGCUUGGAAGUUGGAAAGAAGUUGUUUUGAACCCUGUCUGCCUGCUGAAUAAUGCAAAAAAAGACAAAAACAUUAACAUAUGUGCAAUCCUGAUCUUGAGUUUCUGCCAUGAGAAGAUUUUGUUCUAACAAACUAUCAUGGUUCAUUCCUGUGCUCAUGAGAAAGCCAGUCAUCUUUGUAAUUCAUGUCAGUGACUAAAUGGAAUUCCAUUAGUUUUUAGUUUAUUUUAUUUUCAUUAAUAAUAGACUAAUUUUAACAGUUUCAGAGGCAGCAGCUUUUUUUUUUUUUUUUAACAUUCUUUAUUUAAAAUUAUGCAUAUAAAAACAAAGCAAAACAAUACUGAGGCAGCGGCUUUGCAUUGGCAGAGGACUGCUCUUCUCCCAAAUGCCUUCCAGUCACAGCCGAAAUUAGAAGAAGCCAAAACAGACAUCUAUCAAGACACUGAUUUUAAGUCUUUGCCUCCGCAUGGGGUCACCACCCCCACUGACGAUGCAAUAAUCUGACCUUGUCUUAACAGCAACAAUGCAAUCUACUGAGCAGAGCUUCAGUGUAUCCAGCAGUUUCCUGCAGAGCCACCAAGAAAGGCGGAGCAGGCGGCGGACGGCUAUGAAAGAGAACAGUGCAAUCACUGUCAGGGAGGCUUCUCCUCAAGCCAAAACUGGAGACAGGGGAUGGCUCAUCUCUAGAUAUUCAAUGAGCACCUGUUGUGUAAAGGGUGCCAAGGCAGGGACCAUAGACUUGAAUUUUAAAACAUGCACCAAAAGGGGAUAAUGUCUAAAAAGAGAAAGUGAGAUGUUUAAAUCCAACAUAUUUUUUUAUCAUACUAUUUUGAAGUACUUAAAUACAGCAUACACACAAAACACUGUAUGCUAUAUAUUUGUUUUUUUAUUUGUUAUGCCGUUGGCCUUUUUUAAAAUAAAAAUAAUGUGUACAUUUGU